AUGAGCUUUGGAUUCAGUAUCAGUGACUUUCUCACAACCCUUGAGUUGGCCAACAAGAUCCGCAAAGAUUUUGUCGGGGCUCCAAGCCAGUUCAAGAGCAUAUCUGAUGAGGUUAGGAGCCUAUCAAUCAUUCUACAAGACCUUGAAAUCAACCUUUCGCCCCAAGAACUCAAUGAUCAACAACAAACACGCCUACAAGAAAUAUCUAGCAGCUGUCGAACUCUACUCGAUGAGCUGAAGAGAACGGUGGAAAAGUAUCGAGAGCUGGAAUGCACAGGUGGAAGUUUGACUCAAAGGACAAAGAGGGUUUGGAAACAGCUCAGAUGGGAGCCAGAUGACGUUCAUCGUCUGAACCAACGACAAGAAGAUCAAGAACGAUGCACUAUCCUUGACUGGCUCACAUCGAGCGACUAUGGUCCUCAACAGAGUGGUUUCUUAAAUCGACACCAAGCCGGAACUGGCCAAUGGUUCUUGCAUUCCGAGGCCUACCAGACAUGGCUCCAAACAGCGAAACAGACAUUAUUCUGCCCAGGUUUUCCUGGAGCAGGCAAGACCAUCCUUACUGCGAUUGUGAUUGAUGACAUUACUCGGCAGUUUCACGAUGACCCAAACAUUGGCAUUGCAUACCUGUAUUGCGACUUCCGGCGGCGAAACGAACAAAGGUUUGUUGACUUACUUGCAGGCUUGCUAAAGCAGCUUGUCCAAGAGAGGACUCCUCUGCCCGAUAUUGUUAGAGUUCUCUAUAGCAAUCACAAGAAGAAGCGGACGCGACCAUCAUUCGAUGAGAUUUCCGGAGCUUUUCGAAAUAUCUCGAUUGCCAUAUGUUGCCACGACGAGAAUUUCUUAGGGAAAAGCCGGGGAUUGCAACAGGUCGUCAAGGCCAAAAUUGUUGAGGCCACCAAGGGCAUGUUCUUACUCGCUCACCUUCAUCUCAGCUCGUUGAUGAGAAAGACAACAGAGGCAGACCUCCUAGACGCACUUGAAAGGCUGCCAAAGGGCUCCGAAGCUUACAUCAAGGCAUAUGAGGACGCCAUGGUGCGAAUUGAAGAACAAAAUGUUGACGGGGAAAGGCUUGCAAAGCGUGUUCUAAUGUGGAUCGUCUGCGCAAGACAGCUGCUAAGUACGGCAGAGCUUCAACACGCACUUGCUGUCGCGAUUGGUGACUCUCAGCUUAAUACAAAACGGCUGCCGGACCUAGAAACUAUGGUCUCCGUGUGUGCUGGAUUGGUCACAAUCGACGAAGAGAACAGUAUUAUCCGUUUGGUCCAUUACACAACACAGCAGUAUUUCGACGAAACACGGGAUAAGUGGUUCCCAGAUGCGCAGACUGAUAUUAUGAAAAUCUGCGUCACUUACCUCUCAUUUGAUAUUUUCGAGCGUGGGCCUUGUCAAGCGGAUGAGGAGUUUGAGGAGCGGCUGGAGUCGAAUAAGCUCUACAGAUACGCAGCGCACAACUGGGGACACCACGCUCGUCAGACGUCGAUUGUAUGCCAGGAAAUCAUGGACCUUCUGGAUUGUAGUCCUAAGGUGGAGGCCUCAAUCCAGGCACUGACGGUUAUGAAGCGUGGCCCGCGUGACUUUGGCUAUAGCCAAAAGUUCCCGAGGCAAAUGGCACCGAUUCACUUGGCAGCAUAUUUUGGGAUUGAAGAACUGGUGAAAGCCCUUCUGCAAGAAGGAGCUAUGGUCGACGCAACUUGCGUAUAUGGCCGGACACCGCUAUCAUGGGCUGCAGAAAACGGCCAUACAGCCAUCGUUCAGUUGUUGAUCGAGAAGAACGCCGAUGUACAGGCAAAGGAUAAGUAUGGCCGGACUCCACUAUCGAAGGCUAAAGAUGAUUGGAACACAGGCAUUGUUAAGCUGCUGCUUGAUAAGGGCGCCGGUCUGGAGAUAACUCGGACGCCGCUGUCAAGGGCUGCAGAGAACGGACAUGCGGCCAUCAUCAAGUUACUUCUCGAGAACGGCGCUGACUUUGAGGCAAACGACAAGCAAUAUGAUCGGACACCACUGUUGUGGGCCGUACAAAUUGGGAAUGAAAAUCUCGUCAAAAUGGUGCUCGAGCGCGGCAUCAGUUUGGAGACGAGCCGGACACCGCUGUCGUGGGCCGCAGAGAAUGGGCAUGAGACCGUUGUUCAACUUCUACUCGAAAAAGGGGCCAACCCAGAUGCCAAAUCUGACUACGGUGGGACACCACUCUCAUACGCCGCACGGAAUGGGCACGAGACUGUUGUCAAGCUGCUGCUUGAGAGGCGUGCUGAUGUGGAGACAAAAGAUGAUUACGGUGGGACACCGCUGUCAGAUGCUGUGAAGAAUAGGUAUCCAGCCAUCGUUAAGCUGCUGCUUGAUUAUAAUGCUGGUCUUGAAGAAAGGUUCGAGUAUGGUUGGACAGUGCUGUCAUAUGCUGCACAAGUUGGUGACAAGACUAUUGUUAAGUUGUUACUUGAGAAAGACGCUAAUGUGCAUGCAAAAGAUGAUUGUGGUGGGACACCAGUGUCAUGGGCCGCAGAGCGCAACUACGAAAUCAUUUUUAAGCUGCUACUGGAGAAAUGUUCGGCUCCGGAGACGAGAUACGAGUAUGACGGAACGUCGCUGUCUGCUGCAUUGGACGCAAAACAAGCAGCCCUUGUCAGGCGCGUUUUCAACUAUGAGCCAACGGCUGAUCUCGAAGAAGAAGAAGAUAAUGGUGGAACGCAGCUGUCACGCACCGCAAAACGGGAGCUUGUGGCCCUUGUCAAGAGGUUACAUGACAUAACUUUUGAUCCCGAAAGAGAAGAGGCCUAUCGCCAGAUGUCGCUAUUGAUUGCUGCUGAGUCUGAGCCCGUGGACCAGGUGAAGUACCUGCUGGAGAGGGGCGAUGACAUUGAGAUGAGGGAUGUGGAUGGCUGGACGCCCCUGCUUCUUGCUGCUUGGUAUGGCCGUGAAGCUAUUGUCAAGUUGCUAAUUAAGGAGGGGGCUGAGAUUGAGGUGAAGGAGAGGAGGUUUGGCUGGACGCCGUUGAUCUGUGCUUGCGCCGCUGAGGACGAAAGUGAGGCUGUUGUUAAGUUGCUGCUCGAGGCAAAUGCUAAGACCGAUGCGAGAGAUACGGACGACCGAACGCCCCUGAUAUAUGCUGCUGUGAAUGGGUAUGAGGCCGUUGCCAGACAGUUGCUCGAGGCAGGUGCUAAUAUUGAGGCAAAGGAUAAGAAUGGCUGGACGCCUCUGGUUCAUGCUGCUUGGUAUAAGUGUGAAGCUGUUUUCAGGUUGCUAUGUGAGAUGGGUGCCAUCAUUAACUUGAAGGAGUGA